AUGAAACCACGUCUUGCUUACGACGACCGAGCCUGGGAAAGAGGGACAAUUAUCUACAAACGCUGGUAUAAGUAUCUUGAGGAAGACGACCCUUUCAAUGCAGUUGGUCGCUUUCUUGCAACCCGCUUCUAUCCUCGGGAAUGGUGCGAUUUCGAUAUAUUCGCGUUAGGUGGCUUCAACGUCUGCUUUCGGAUAGUAUUUACCGAUGAUACCACCGCUAUUAUCAGGUUCCCAUUUCCUGGUAUUAUCAUGCUUCCCGAAGAGAAAGUCCGCAACGAAGUCAUGAUCAUGCAGUUCAUUUCGGAGCAAACCCAAUCACACAAAAUUCCCAUUCCGGUGCCUUCGAUAUCUCGCUGGGGACAGAAGAAAGAGAGUCCCGCAAAACUAGGUCCUUUCAUUAUCAUGGAAUUUAUCGAGCACAAACAGAGUAUUUGCAGGCUCCUUGAGAAUCCGGACUCAGAUCCAACCGUUCGCCCAGUUCUGAAUCUCAACCUCAGCAUGGUCAGACUGGGGGACCUCUACAGAAAAUUGGCCAAAAUCGCCCUAUCGCUGUCUAGUCUUACACUCAGUAAGAUAGGGUCUAUUGGGCGUGACCCAAAAGAUAUGACGUGGAAGGUGUUGGAUCGGCCCUUAUCAUAUUCCAUGAAUGAAGUCGUGCAACUGGGAACACUACCUCGAUCAAAAAUACCGAAUAGCACGUACUCUAAAGCAUCGUCAUACUUUGAGGCUCUUGCGGAACUACACCUCUCACACCUUACAAAUCAAAGGAAUGAUUCUGUCGACUCUGAGGAUGACUGCCGGCGGAAAUUUGUGGCACGUUUUCUCUUCCGAAAACUUAUCAGAGACCGAAAAUUGAGAGAUAAAUGGCUAUGCCAUGAGAAUGGCCCGUUUCCAAUCUGGUGUGAUGACUUUCGACCAGAGAAUGUCCUCGUCGAUGAAGCUGAGAAUAUUGCCGGAGUGGUAGACUGGGAGUUCACAUAUACCGCCCCUGUCGAAUUUUCAUAUGCACCGCCUUGGUGGCUUCUUCUCGAGAAACCAGAAUAUUGGCCCACGGGCCUCGACGAUUGGUGUAUAAAAUACGAUGACCGACUUGAAAUAUUUCUCCAAGCUAUGAAUGAUUGUGAGAAUGAGGCAAUCAGCGCCGGUCAACUUUUAGAGACCCAGCGUCUCUCUGGCCCAAUGCGAGACAGUUGGAAGAACGGGAACUUCUGGAUCAUGUACGUCGCACGGAAUAACUUUGCAUUUGACUCGAUCUAUUGGCAGAAGAUCGACCGGCGGUUCUUUGGGCCGACUCAAAGCUUUGACCCUGACAAUGCUUGGAAGGAAAGGCUUCAUCUUUUGACACCUAAAGAAACGGAGUACAUAGAUGAAUGUGUAAAGCUGAAGGUUGAAGAGAUGGACACCAGACCUCUCGCUUGGGACCCGGAUGAGUAUACCCGAGGAUACGAGUGCGAGUGGUUGGAAUGA